AUGGGGAACAACGUCAGCUUCGACUGCUGUGGGAGCAGAGCAAAGGAUGUGCCCAUCGAGCGCCGCGCUCAGAGGCCUGAUGGACAAGCCCUGCAGUCGUCCACAGGAGCGCAGAGCACUUCCGAAGAGCCGAAGCAAAGGAUAGUGCUGCAGACAAGUCUGGAGCAGAAGCACGAUGAAUCCAUCUCCGAGGGCGCAGCUGAGCAAGAUCAGGGAGGAGUUGGGAUCAUGUUGGUCCAUGCACAAGGCAAGUGGGUCGUCAAGUCGGUGAUCAAGGAUUCGCCUGCAUGGUCCUCUGGCAAGAUUGCUGAGGGUGAUGUGUUGCUGAGGUUUGGCGCUGAAGAGCUAGCUCAAGUUUCUCUGACUGGAGGUUUCUUGUGCAGUGUGGAUGGGAACGAGGUUGAAAGUAUUGAGAACCUUGGUGAACUAUCGAAAAUCCUGAUGGGUCCAAUCAAUUCCGUAGUUGUCUUGCGAUUCUCCAACAGCAAGACAUCUGAAUUGACUCACGUCACGCUGGUAAGGACAACCGACUUCACGGGUCAAGGAAACGACAAGAAGCGCGUGUGGCGAGCGACUCGCACUGACUGGGUCAAUGAUAACAUUGAGUGUGCAGACAUAUAA